AUAUCGGAAAAGUGCUUUUCAAUGUAAUUUAGGUAAAUUGAACACAGCUGCAUGUGCAAAAUAUAAUUUAUUCUUCAUGAUGGUGGCUAUAUAAUUGUUGCCAAAAACAUUUUUCAAACAUAAAGUGUUUCUUUCUUUAGUGCAAGAUGUCGAUGCGUGUUUUUGUGAUUUUUCUUUUAGUCGCUUUCUGCAAUGCAUCAAAUAAUGCUUGUCAAAGUUCACAAAGUGUUUUUACAACGACAAAAAACAACGGUGAGAUUCUUGCACCGAAAGAUAUCAUUUCAACUCAUGCUGUUCCCAAUCACAUUGAAUGUUUCAGGAAAUGUCAUCAACAGAAGCUAUGUGUUGGCUUCAAUUUCUUAUUUGAUGCAAAAGAACAUGAGAUAAACUGCCAAAUUACUAACAUGAUAACAGACAGCAAUUUAACGAAAGUUGCCUCAGAAGGAAAAUGGACUUUUUAUCAAAGUCUACUACCGACGGGAAAAAACUGUGCAGAUCUUUACAAAAAAGGUGAAAAAAAGAACGGAGUUUAUGUAAUUGAUCCAGAUGGCCAGGGCAGAUUCCGUGUCUUCUGUGAUAUGACGUCAUCUGGUGGAGGUUGGACUGUGUUUCAACGUCGUCAAGAUGGAAGUGUAAACUUCUAUCGCGGUUGGAAAGACUAUAAACAAGGAUUUGGUAAUCUUACUUCUGAAUUCUGGCUUGGAUUAGAUAAAAUAUACCGACUAACAUCAGCCAAGAGAAACAAACUUCGUGUAGACCUUGGAGACUGGUCAGGAAACAAAGCAUAUGCUGAAUAUGAUUAUUUUGCUGUAAAGAAUGAAAGUAAAAAAUAUCAACUAAGUCGUGGAGCAUAUUCUGGAACUGCUGGAGAUUCAUUACGUAUUCAUAAUGGCAUGGCGUUUUCAACAAAAGAUUCAGAUAAUGACAAAAGUGAAAGAAACUGCGCCACUGUCCUGAAAGGUGCUUGGUGGUAUAAUAAUUGUCAUUCUUCCAAUCUGAAUGGGCACUACUAUAGUACAGCAUUCGACGGUGGGAGAAGUGUGAGUUGGCUUUCUUGGAAAAAAAACUAUAAAUCCUUAAAGUUUUCAGAGAUGAAAAUGAAAAUGACAAAGAAUAUUUAAUAUUGUGUUUUCUUAACUUUCAUGAAUACAUCUUAUGAAACUUUGCA